AUGCCAUGGUCAUUGCAAAUGAAUUAGAAAGCAGAAAGCUUCGAUGAGGUAUAUAGUGAAUGGAUAAACGUGCACGGCUGGCGGGUGCUUGAGUCAAUACAUCCUAGCAUAAAAUAUUCGAUUUGGUUUCAGACCUUAUGACACCUUUCUGCUUGAUUUCAGCGUGAAUGUAUUUCUCUCCAUGUUGGUCAAGCCGGAGUCCAGAUCGGCAAUGCCUGCUGGGAGUUGUACUGUCUUGAGCACGGCAUCCAACCUGAUGGUCAGAUGCCCUCAGACAAGACCAUCGGAGGUGGUGAUGACUCCUUCAACACCUUCUUCAGUGAGACUGGAGCUGGAAAGCAUGUUCCUCGUGCCGUCUUCGUCGACCUCGAACCCACCGUUGUUGAUGAGGUUCGAACCGGCACGUACCGUCAGCUCUUUCACCCAGAGCAGCUGAUUACUGGCAAAGAAGAUGCUGCCAACAACUACGCCCGAGGUCAUUACACAGUCGGGAAAGAGUUGAUCGAUAUCGUUCUUGACAGGAUCAGGAAAUUGGCUGACCAGUGCACAGGUCUUCAGGGAUUCCUAGUCUUUCAUAGCUUUGGUGGAGGCACCGGCUCAGGAUUCACAUCACUUCUCCUAGAACGCCUCUCUGUUGACUACGGAAAGAAGUCUAAGCUCGAGUUCGCCAUCUAUCCUGCUCCCCAGAUCUCUACCGCUGUUGUAGAACCCUACAACUCGAUCUUGACUACCCACACUACCCUGGAGCACUCCGACUGUGCCUUCAUGGUCGACAACGAGGCUAUCUACGAUAUCUGUCGUCGUAACCUCGACAUCGAAAGGCCGACUUACACCAACCUGAACCGUCUCAUUGGGCAGAUCGUAUCGUCAAUUACUGCAUCUCUGCGGUUUGAUGGCGCCCUCAACGUUGAUCUGACUGAGUUCCAGACAAAUCUGGUGCCCUAUCCUCGUAUUCAUUUCCCUAUGGCUACAUAUGCCCCAGUCAUCUCUGCUGAGAAGGCUUACCACGAGUCCCUGUCCACUGCUGAGAUCACCAAUGCCUGCUUCGAGCCUGCCAACCAGAUGGUAAAAUGUGAUCCCCGUCACGGCAAGUACAUGGCCUGCUGUCUCCUGUACCGUGGUGAUGUCGUCCCCAAGGAUGUCAACGCCGCAAUCGCUACCCUCAAGACAAAGCGUACCAUCCAGUUCGUCGACUGGUGUCCAACUGGCUUCAAGGUUGGGAUAAACUACCAGCCACCCACCGCCGUUCCCGGUGGUGAUCUUGCCAAGGUCCAACGUGCUGUCUGCAUGUUGAGCAACACCACCGCCAUCGCAGAGGCAUGGGCUCGUCUUGACCACAAAUUCGAUCUGAUGUACGCCAAGCGUGCUUUCGUCCAUUGGUACGUCGGAGAGGGUAUGGAAGAAGGAGAAUUCUCUGAGGCUCGUGAAGAUUUAGCUGCUCUUGAAAAGGACUACGAAGAGGUCGGUGUCGACUCCCCCGGUGAAGAGGGAGAAGAAGGAGAGGAAGGAGAUGAAUACUAAGCUUUGAUGUUUGAUUUGUCUUACCUUUAAUACUCGAUUUUAAUUCCUAUCAAACAACAUCGUAAUGACGGCAUUUUAUUUCUUGUUUUCUCCGUCCUGGUGGGUGUUUCAUAAAGCUGUUCGUAAAGUUAAGCAUGACUUUACGCACGACUGGAACAUGUUCUUGGGUCAUAAAUCAAUUGCAUAGGGAUAUCCCAUAGCACAUGAAAGGAUCACCAGUCAUGCGUAAAGUCAUUCGUAUCUUACGAACAGCUUUAUGAAACACCCACCAGGCUUUUAUUCUUAGUGCUUUCUGUGAACGUAGAGCAAGACGCUAUCUCUAGCAAUGCUGCAUUAUUGCGACUGAAUGUGAAUGAUUUUAAGACGCCCGGUUGGGGCAGAUCAAAAAAUUGUUUCAAUAUGGACAGAAUUUGACAAGUAGAAAUUAUAAUGGGUUCGAAAUUUUUGCCUAAAGAUGUGGUAUAACUGCCUGAAAAAGAUAAUCUCAACGGAAAUAUAAGCAUAAAAAAGGAUCAUCACUUAAUGAUAAAAAAAAAUUUGCUACCAUAACUUCAAAAUGGGCACGAUGAACGGGGCCCAUGAGAAUUGUUCCCCUAGGCUCCCGUUCAGCGGCUAGGGAUAUGUGAGGUUGUGUGGGUGAGUGUGUGUGUGUGUAUGUGUAUCGGCUGUGCCAUGACCUGUGAGUGUAUGUGCAAUAUUUUGAAUUUUUUUAAACACCUUUUCUGAACAUGAGUGUUUUAUUAAGUAUCCUAUCUUUGUUUUUCAGUGACAAAUUUCCCCUGAGCCAAUCGGGUGCAAGGAUUUCAGUGGCUUUUAACAAAUAAUCAGUACACUAUCACUAUUUGGUUCAUGAAAUGUUCCUCGAAUAAUCUUUUAUCUGCUAUGGUAAGUUGUGAUAUAUGACUUUUUAUUUUCUAGUUGUAAUAUGAAACUCAAAUACAACUCCGCUCCUUCCCAAAACAAAGAAAGCACAAUGAGCUAAUAUAUAAUUUCUAAUGUCCAAAGGUAAUCAAAUUGUAUUCUACAAUCAAUUACUUAAAAUACAUUGUCAAAGUUAUUUAAUAGUAGAUGAAUUUUGCCAAAGGAAAAUGGUGAACAAAUGCGAAUCAGAGCAUGGUGAAGAAAGCAUACAUAUCGAUAAUCUUAUAUUUAAUAUAAAAUUACCGUUCUAGAUAAACAUACAAUACAAUUGCUGAAUUGGUUCAAUAGGCUUUGCCCUAUGAUCAAGUCAGAAAGUGAUAUGAACAACAAAUAUCUGAUCAUUUAUUGGCGUCAGUCUUGUUUGAAUAAAAUAACUAUAUAAAACAUGUUAAAUUGUCAAAUUAAACUCGCCGAGUAUACAUUCCUUACAUUGAGCCUUUGUCAAGAAUAUAUGAAAUAAAUUUUGAGUCUUUUCAGUGUGA